AGCAGCAUCAGCAUCACCGGAAUGAGUAACAGUGCGCAACUUGGAGAAACAACUACACUGUCCGGAGGAGCGCGCGCGCCUGUGUGUGUAUGUGUGUGUGUGUAUGUGUGUCCGCUUACUGAGUGCCUCACGAGCCUGGUUGUGAUGGUGUGCUGAAGCUAUACAUGAGGACUUAAAGGGGCCAAAAAAAAAAAAAAAACUGCACGAACUCUCUGUGGAUCUGCCGAAAGAAAGGAAGCCAUGGAUUAUAUAAAAAACCACAAUACUUGCCUCUCCAUCGUCAUCUUGAUGAUUAGCAGUGCCUGCCACGCUCUUUUGGACAGAUUUCUGGAGGAGACCUUCUCAGAUCAGCCAUUUCCACAUCAUUUGGGCUCAGAAGAUGACAGCCAAUUUACCUCCUGUGAUUUUGAGUCUCUGUGCCUCUGGAGUUCAUCAAAUCACAGCGACCAAAGUGACUGGUCGGUGGUGUCGCCACAGCAACCAGCAAGCGCGCAGGCUGGGAUGAUGCCUGUGACUGACCAUUCAGUGGGAAGCUCUGAUGGACACUUCCUUCUCCUAAGCUCCUCCCCUGCUGCAGAGGCCUCUGGGAAGUGCGAGUACCACUUAACCAGCCCAGUCUUGCCAGGAAGCGUCAGGUACUGCAUCUUGCAAGUGGCUCUGUAUGAGGCCGGUCCAGCAGUGGGGAACCUCACGCUCCUGAUCAAACCAGUUCACUCAGGUUCAGCUGUUCACUCUGUGGUUCUCAACCACAAGAGACCUGACGACCGCAGGGCUGAGUGGGAGGUUCUGGAGACUGUGAUUGGUCAGAUGGACGAGCCCUUUCAGGUGGCCCUGCUCUACACUUCCUGUAUGGGGGAAAAGGGAGCCACCGUAGCUCUGGACUCUCUGGAGCUCAUAGACUGUGAAUCAGAACACCAGGUCAUCGAGCUGGAUGGAGGAUGUGGGGAAUCUUUCCACUGUGAAAACUCAGGAGGCUGCAUCGACCAGAGCCAAGUGUGCAACUUCCACACUGACUGUUCAUUAGGAGAGGAUGAGGGCUUCAUCUGUGAUGCUCUUCCAUUUGGCUCGUACUGUUCGUUUGAACGGGAUGCGUGCGGUUGGUCCGUGUCCAACCAGCACUCAGCCUGGAGAAGGGUCGCUGGAGAUGAGCUUCUGGAGAAAGAAGACAUGCAGGGAGUCACUCUGCAGAGUACACCAGGGCACUUCCUGUUUUUGCAGGUAAGAGAGAGUAAUUCCCUUCGAGAGGCGUCCAUUCAGAGCUCCUUUUUCCCUUCCCCAGUCUCUACUACUGCCUGCCAGAUGCGUUUCUCUCUGUACCUGUAUGGGGACUUUAAUGGUUCUUUGCUGGUGGCUAUAGAGGAGAAUGGGACCACCAACGCACCACUGGUCUGGGAGAGAAAUGGUCAGUGGACAGAUGACUGGGAAGAUGUUGCCCUGCAGCUGACUGGCCUUCAUCAUGGGUUCCACGUUAAGGUGACAGCUGUGUGGGGACAAGGCUCCAAUGCUGACGUCGCUCUCGAUGACAUUGCAAUUGGAGCAGCCUGCUUCAACACAGAUCUCAACUCUCUCCUGCCCAUGACAGACUUGGAAGAUUUCCUAAGCCCCCUUCCAGAGCCUUCGGCCUCAGAGGUGUCUUUGAUGACGUGGUGGUUUACCUCAUGCGGUGCCAGUGGUCCCUACGGCCCGACCCAAGCCCAGUGUGACAGUGCCUACAGGAACAAAAAUGUCAGUGUUAUUGUGGGGAAGGAAGGCCCCUUGAAAGGAGUCCAAAUGUGGAGAGUACCUGCUACUAACAGAUACAUGAUCUCUGCCUACGGGGCUGCUGGAGGCAAAGGAGCCAAAAACCACAAUAAACGUAACCACGGGGUCUUCAUAUCUGCCAUUUUUCCUCUGGAGAAAGAAGAUGUACUUUACAUUUUGGUGGGCCACCAGGGAGAAGACGCAUGUCCGGGGAGAAAUCCCCUCACCCAGAAGAUCUGCCUGGGAGAGUCGUCAGUGAUUGAAGACAACUUCAGGGGAGAGGCCGGCUCAGAGUGGGCUGGGGGAGGAGGCGGAGGAGGUGGAGCCACCUACAUCUUUAAGAUGGAGGGAGGUGAGCUGAUUCCCUUGCUGAUUGCGGCAGGUGGAGGAGGAAAUGCCUACCUGGAGGACCCAGAGUCCAGUCUGGACCAGAUACCACUGGAGCAGUAUGAAAACAGCACCGUAGCCCCCAGUACCAAAGGUCAAACUGGUGCUGCAGGUGGAGGUGGAGGUUGGAAAGACAGUCCCAGUCCCCACCUGAGGGCGGGAAAGUCUCUGGUGGAGGGAGCUGAGGGGGGGUCCUCAUGUCCCCUGGCCUUGUCCAAGCUCAGCUGGUCCACCUUUGGGGGUUUUGGAGGUGGAGGUGGGGCCUGCACAGCCGGAGGCGGCGGAGGAGGUUACAGAGGAGGUGAUGCUGCGCUGACGGAUGAGAUCACAGCUGACGGUCAGAAUGGAGUCUCAUUCAUUCAUCCAAUGGGAGAGAUUUUCCUUCUGCCUCUGGCAGCCAUGGAGAGUCACGGCGAGUGUGAGAUCAAGGUGCAGCUGAACUGCAGCCACUGUCAAUCGCAAAGCUGUAAACGAGAUGAGGAUACUCACCUUAUCCUCUGUCUGUGCGAUGACGACAAAGUUCUGGCCAGUGACAACGUCACAUGUAUCGGCACUGUAGCAGCUCCUCACGGCCUGGCUCCACAGGGCCAGAUGUCGACAUCUUUGAUCCUGGCAGUUGUGGUCUCCACCAUCGCGAGCGGCAUUGCCCUGAUCUGUGCCGGCAUCAUCCUCAUGUGGUACCGCAGAAAAAACGACCUGCAUGCAGUGAGGGGGCGUCUGCAGAGUCCAGAGUACAAGCUGAGCAAGAUCCGCUCCUCCACCAUCAUGACGGACUACAACCCCAACUACUGCUUUGCAGGGAAGGCCGCGUCACUCAAUGAACUGAAGGAAGUACCGCGCAAGAAUAUAACACUUCUCAGGGCUCUCGGCCAUGGUGCAUUUGGUGAAGUCUAUGAAGGACAAGUUCUGGGGAUGAGCGGUGAUAACAGUCCCAUGCAGGUGGCCAUAAAGACUCUCCCAGAAAUCUGCUCCGAACAGGAUGAAAUGGAUUUCCUGAUGGAGGCGCUGAUUAUGAGCAAGUUCAGCCAUGAGAACAUUGUGCGCUGCAUCGGCGUCAGUCUGAACAUCCUGCCGCGUUUCAUCCUGCUGGAGCUGAUGACCGGGGGAGACAUGAAGAGCUUCCUGAGACAGAACAGGCCACGAGCUGGCCAGACCUCUUCUCUCACCAUGCGGGAGCUGCUGCGGAUGGCCAGAGAUAUCGCCUUUGGCUGUCGCUACCUGGAGGAGAACCACUUCAUACACAGAGACAUUGCAGCUAGAAACUGCCUCCUCACCUGCCCUGGACCAGACAGGGUGGCCAAAAUUGGAGACUUUGGCAUGGCUCGAGAUAUAUACAGAGCCAGCUAUUACAGGAAAGGUGGUCGUGCCAUGCUGCCAGUCAAAUGGAUGCCACCGGAGGCAUUCAUGGAGGGAAUCUUCACCUGCAAGACUGAUACAUGGUCAUUUGGAGUGCUGCUGUGGGAGAUCUUCUCUCUGGGUUACAUGCCGUAUCCUUGUAAAACCAACCAAGAGGUGCUGGAGUUUGUCACCACUGGAGGCAGGAUGGAUCCUCCCAAGAGCUGUCCAGGGCCCGUCUAUCGGAUCAUGACCCAGUGUUGGCAGCACUGUCCUGAGCAUCGGCCCAACUUCUCUACUAUCCUGGAGAGAAUUAACUACUGCUCUCAGGAUCCAGAUGUGAUCAACACACCUCUGCCAGUGGAAUAUGGCCCCACCGCAGAGGACGAUGGUGGAAGAGUAAUCCGUCCCUCUGACCACACCUCCACCAGCCUCACUCCCCUCCUGGUGUCCCAUACUGUUUCCCAGGAUUCCUCCUCCCAGCUGGGUCUCUCCUCUCUGGGCCUGAGUCCAACCCCUCUUCCCCCACAGCCAACCAAACCUCGUCUACUCCUCCAGAGAACCCAACCCGUCCACCAUGAAGUGAUGUCAUGCCGUGAAGCUCUGGAGCCAUCCUGGGCUGAGCCUGUUCCUGCCCCUGGUUUGUCCUCUGCAGGCGUGUGCACGGGAGGCCACUGGCUCCACCCUGAGCCUCCUCAUCACCGACCUUGCUCCAGAAACAGCUCCUCUUCAGGGAGCCAGAGGCUGAAGAACAAGACAAAGAACCUGUGGAACCCCACAUACGGCUCCUGGGUUUUGGAAAACUUCCGGGGGAAGAAAACACUCGCUCACACUCAGUCCAUGCCACUCUCAAGCUCCUCUUCCUCCACUUCUAACAUGCAGGUUCCUCAGACCUGCAACCCAACCUUAGAGAGCAGCGAGGCUGGCUGCGACAGCACCAACAGCACCCACGUCAGCCCUUCCAGCCUCUGCACCUCUUCAACUUCAUCCCCUUCCUGCCAGGCUCAAGCUGCCCUGAGCACAUCCUCCCAUAAAACCCCAACAGGUAGCAGCACAAAAGCUGGCAUGGACCUAGCUAAGCUCCAGAGUUUUCCCUGUGGCAAUGUCAACUAUGCCUACGAUGAGCAAAGCUACGAGGCAGAGAGCUUGCCCUUAGUUAUGCCCAAAGCCCAAGAAGCCAUCACAAACACCAGCUCUGCCCCGAGUGUCUCCUCAGGGACUAGCCUAGGACUGGCGUUAGGCCUCCAUACCUCCUCAUCUUGUAUGCCCAAGCUGCUGCUGAAGCGCCACGCCAGCUACGGACACGAGGACGUCAGGAGACACACCAAACCUGAGAAACCCACACGCGACCGAGACUCUGGCUUUUCUCUGUCUGAAGACCUCAGUGUUACCCCUAUCUAAGAAACGGCUAACUGUAACAGGGAUUUUAAAUGAUAUUAAAAUUAAAUGUCACCUGGAACCCCUUUUCACACAACCUGAGACUAGAUUCCUGGAUUUCUGAAAGAAAAAGCAUGACCGCGAGGGCUCUGCCACGGUCUGAGAGCCACAACAUCAAAUUAUUAGAGCUCCUGGAAUGCUGGAAAACACAGUCACACGUUCACAAACACCCCUCUGCACUGUGAUACAGAGAGCCAACGCUGGACUCAGAGCCCUUUGCUGGGCUUCUGGUACUCUGGUCGCUGAACACUGAAGCUGAAACACUGCGGCACGCAGCCCAGCGCUUUCUCAAUGUCCACAUUGCCAGUGAUGGCUGCCAUAAAUAACUGCUGUAGUUGGACUCCUUUUUCUACCUAUAUGUUUUUGUUUAUUCAUGAACGCUUUGGCAGUAGUAUAUGUUGCAUCACAGUAAACAAUUUGUUGGAAUUUGUUGUAUUCAGUGUAGUAUGACCAUAACAAGCCAAAAAAUAUUGAGCCAUUGGGAAGAGAAUCUCCAAGAUUGGGUUUCUUUUUAGAAUUUUUUAUUUCAAACCUUUAAAAUUCUGAAAGUCUGUAGAGUUACUAAAACUAUUUCAUUUUAUGCAUUCUUUAGGAAGUGGUACACUUCCAUGAUUCUGAUUUGCUUUCACCCUAAAUAAUGUGAAAACACAUACGCCUAAUAUACUGCAAUAACAAGUAUUACUAUUUUCUGAAAAUGUCUCUGACGUUUUCUCUGUUUUUCUAAAUAGCUCUUGAGCUUGAGGGUUCAUUCUCAACCUUGGAAACAGCCGUUUGGCAAACAAACUCUCAAAACAAGGUCUACUUACUCAGUGCUUCUAAAGCCUCCCCAACAGAUGGAGUUUGCUCAGUUGUCAUGGAGAUGGUUUAGUCGUUAAGUAUGGCAUUUCGGCCACAUGAAUGUGUAAAUGAGGAGAUCAUAAACCCUGCUUUUGUUCGAGGAUGAUCUUAGGUCUUAGGUGUCAAAUGUGAAUCCAACCGUCCACUGACUGCAGGUUAAUGACUCUGACCUCCUCCCAGUUGAUCUGAAAUCUCACACUGAAGACAAUACUCCAGAAAGCCUUUGCUUCUAGCCAAGAAAUAGUCCCACACAAACCCACUUACACCCCCUUUACACUUCUGUUUUUGUAUGGAUUAAAACAAACAAGAUAUGGCACGUUACUAGUGUAGAGGUGCUAGCAGGCAGAUAAUUUUACCUUUGGAUGGAGUCAGGCUAGCUGUUUCCCCUUGUUUCCAGUCUUUAUGCUAAGCUAAGCUAACCAGCUGCUGACCAUAGCUUUAAAUUAACUGUACAGACACGAGAGUGGUAUUGAGCUUCUCAUCAAACUCUCUGCAAAGUAUUUGCCAAAAUGUCAAAAUGUCACUGAAGGCGUUAAAUUGGUUUGCGCUGUACUGUAAGUAAGUGGAGCUCGUGCUGAGAAAGAUCUUGAUUUGGCUUUUGUAUAUUAUAUUUUUGACUAUUCCUGACUCUCUUUCCCCCAUGUCCCAAUAUUUACUUGGACUUAUAGACGUAUAUGCGUAUAUAGAAUUUGAUGAUGACCAUGUAGCUGUGAAAAUAUUUGCUAUUUUUGUACUGACUUCUGUACACUGGACUAACCCAUUGCAUUUGUAGCUGUUUUAUAAUUUAUUUGUAUUCAUUUAUGUUAAUGAUGGAUCUGUAUUUGUAGUUGAUCACUGCCAUUAGAUACCUCUACUGCAUCUACUGAUGUAGUGCUGGUAGUACCUAUGUUUACUCAGCAGGGGGAGGUAUUCAGCUUUGACAUACCAAACAUGCUGCUGCAGGUAUCUCAGUUCCUACAGUUAAUCAAGGCUUUAAUUGUGAAAAAUCUCUAUUGGUAUUUAUGUUUUCAGGUUAUUCUUAUUUAAUCAGUUUGGUAGUUGUAUUCGAUAUGUGUCUUUAUUUGGAGCCUGAAUAUGUUGAUUGUUUAUUUUUUAAUAUGUUGAAUGAACGGUUACAUUCAUGUGAGAGUUCUAUAGGCUUACUGUGUGUUUUUAUGCUCAGGCCUGCUGAUAUUAGUGUUUAUCUUUGUUCACUUGAAAAUAACAUGUUUUAGAAAAGACAAAAGGCUCACGUAGUUUUCUGAAGACUCCUUUUAGCAAGAGAUGUGUGCCAUUUAGAAAUAUUGAUUACUGUGGAAAGUCUUUCACAGAAAAAAAAAAUCAUCCUCGUCUUGCUCACAAUGUUUAGUUUUUAUGGCCUGGUGCAUUUUAUUACACACUCUCUGAAAAAGUUAUUUUUUUCUGUAUUCUUUAUGUAGCUGGGGGUGCCUCAACCAAAAAUGCAUUCUAUGCAAUAUACUGUAUUUCACUUUCAUCUAACCUAACUGUGCCCCAAAUAAAUCAACAUAUAUUGAU